GCUCAUUCAAAACACACACACAGGGAAGUGGACUCUGCAGCGGGUCGUGGUCCAGUUAAUGUUGCCUGUUCGGGUGCUUUAAAUUACAUUUUGCACCUGAAUCGGAGCAUCAGGACUCAUCAUGUCUCUCCUCAGAGUUGGCUGCCUGCUGCUGCUGCUGACGCUGCUCGGACAAUCACUCGGGGCCUCUCCUUCAUUCAGCGUGGAUUACGACAACGACUGCUUCCUUAAGGAUGGGGAGAAGUUUCGGUACAUAUCGGGCAGCAUCCAUUACAACAGGAUCCCCAGGGUCUACUGGAAAGAUCGUCUGCUCAAGAUGUACAUGGCAGGACUGAACGCCAUCCAGACCUACAUUCCCUGGAACUACCAUGAACAGCAUCAAGGCCAGUACAAUUUUACUGGAGACAGAGACGUGGCACAUUUCCUUAAGCUGGCACAGGACAUCGGUUUACUGGUCAUCCUCCGGCCAGGACCCUACAUAUGUGCAGAGUGGGAGAUGGGUGGUCUGCCUGCCUGGCUGCUCAACAAAAAAGACAUUGUGCUGCGAUCUUCAGACCCAGAUUACAUUGCUGCAGUGGACACAUGGAUGGGGAAGUUACUGCCUAUGAUAAAACCUUAUCUCUAUCAGAACGGUGGUCCGAUCAUCAGUGUACAGGUGGAGAAUGAGUAUGGCAGUUACUUCGCCUGUGACUACAACUACCUGCGUCACCUGUCGACGCUGUUCAGGUCUCACCUGGGUGAUGAGGUGGUGCUGUUUACUACUGAUGGAGCUGGGGUCGGCUACCUCAAAUGUGGUGCGCUACAAGGCCUCUACGCCACGGUGGACUUUGGGCCAGGUUCAAAUAUAACUGCUGCCUUUCAGGCACAGCGACACGCCGAGCCUCGUGGACCUUUGGUGAACUCUGAAUUUUAUGCUGGCUGGCUGGACAACUGGGGAUCAGGUCACUCUGUUGUGUCGUCUUCUUCAGUGGCCAAAGCCCUGAACGGUAUCCUGGCCCUGGGAGCAAACGUCAACAUUUACAUGUUCAUAGGAGGAACAAACUUCGGAUACUGGAAUGGUGCCAAUUCGCCCUACAGGCCUCAGCCUACAAGCUACGACUACGAUGCUCCUCUCACUGAAGCAGGAGACCUCACAGAGAAAUACUUUGCCAUUCGAGAGGUGAUAGGAAUGUAUCAGAAGAUACCAGAGGGACCAAUCCCACCGUCUACUCCAAAGUAUGCAUAUGGCGCUGUUUCGAUGAAGAAGCUCCAGACGGUGACAGAUGCCCUAGAAAUACUUUCCUUCUCUGGCCCGGUCAAAAGUGUGUAUCCUCAGUCUUUCAAUGACUUGAAACAGAUUUUUGGCUUUGUGCUCUACAGGACUACCCUGCCCGUUAACUGCAGCAAACCGACGCCGCUGUCAUCGCCGCUGAACGGGGUCCAUGACAGAGCGUAUGUGUCGGUGGACGGGGUGGCUGUUGGGAUUCUCGAAAGGUUCAAAGUCCUAACGAUUAAUGUGACGGGGAAGGCAGGGAGUCAGGUGGACAUACUGGUGGAGAAUAUGGGCCGAAUAAACUAUGGAAGUGGCAUCAAUGACUUUAAGGGUCUGGUGACCAAUCUGACUCUGGGUCAAGACCCGCUCACCGGCUGGACCAUGUACAGUCUGAGUAUUGAUGAAGUAGUCAGCCAGGGCCUCCUCCCAGUGCAAAACCCCACGCUAACAAAUCCACCUCAGCCAGCUGCACUCUCCCCUCCGACCUUCUACGGGGGAAGCUUCAUCAUUCCUGACGGCAUCCCGGACCUCCCUCAAGACACCUACAUCAGUCUGCCCAAGUGGAGGAAGGGACAGAUCUGGAUCAACGGCUUCAACUUGGGACGUUACUGGCCGACUCGAGGACCUCAGGUGACACUGUUCGUCCCUGCCAACCUCCUCAGCACAGCCGCACCCAACAAUGUGACCGUUCUGGAGCUGGAAGGCGCUCCCUGCAGCUCCGGUGUCUGCACUGUGGAGUUUACCUCCACACCCAUCCUGAAUGCAACAGUGCACCCUGACGGCAAUCUGCUUGUGAAAAAGGGCUGUGAUGAGAACGAACCUCGAUACUGCCCCCAGGUCCUUUUGCACUAGACUCUCUGAUGUGUGAAAUCAGCACUUUCUGUGUGAACUGAGUUUGUGAAGGUGUAUUACGUGAAUGAAGUUUAAAGUGGAUACGUGGUAUCAGGGAUAGAAUUAGUCUUUGUGAAAAGCAAACAAAUAUAUUUUCAGCCAAAUCCUGUAUUUUUCCAACACUAUGUGUCUCUACCUCGCAGAUUCUACAUAUUCACUGCCUAUUUGUUUUCUUCACGAAGGGAUUAUUGCCAAUUAAAGCACUGGAAAUACAUAGAAAUAUGUAUUUCAGAGAUUGAUUUAUUUUUCUUUAUGAAGAACUGGGACUGCUUGUCUGUAUUUUAUCAUCAUGUUUGGAGUUUUUUUUUUCUUUGAAGCUCUUCUAAAAUGUCAUUUUGAUCAAAAAAAUAAAAGGUUAG